GGGCAGGCUCAGUCUUUCGCCUCAGUCUCUAGCUGUAGCUGGCAGCUAGGGGUACGUGCUCCGGCAUCUUCUGUACCCGAGGGCCGCCAUCGACGUUGCUUCAGUUCCUCUAGGUUUAUCUGCGCCACUCGCCCGCCACACACUCCGCCGUCAUAACCCGCCAUCAUGGUGAAGCUCGCAAAGGCCGGUAAAAAUCAAGGUGACCCUAAGAAAAUGGCUCCUCCCCCAAAGGAGGUAGAAGAAGAUAGUGAAGAUGAGGAAUCUUCAGAUGAAGAAGAUGACAGCAGUGGAGAAGAGGUUGUCGUCCCUCAGAAAAAAGGCAAGAAGGCGGCUACCACAGCACCAGUAAAGAAGGUGGUGGUUUCCCUGACAAAAAAGGCAGUUGCCUCACCUGCCAAGAAAGCAGCUGUCACCUCAGGCAAAAAGGCAGCAGCCAUUCCAGCCAAGAAGACAGUUAAACCAGCCAAAGCAGUUGCAGCAUCUGGCAAGAAGGGAGCCACUCCUUGCAAAGCAUUGGCAGCAGCCCCUGGUAAGAAGGGAGCUGUUGCCCCAGCCAAGGGGGCAAAAAAUGGCAAGAAUGCCAAGAAGGAAGACAGUGAUGAUGAGGAGGAGGGUGACAGUGAGGAGGAUGAAGACGAUGAGGAGGAUGAAGAUGACGAGGAAGAGGAUGAAUUUGAACCAGAAGUCAUGAAAGCAGCAGCUGCUGCCUCAGAGGACGAGGAUGAUGAGGAUGACGAGGAGGAGGAGGAUGAUGAUGAAGAGGAUGAUGAUGAGGAUGACGAGGAGGAAGAUGACUCUGAAGAAGAAGAACCUAUGGAGAUCACACCAGCCAAAGGAAAGAAAGCUGCUCCAAAAGCCGAACCAGUGAAGCACAAGGGCAUGGCUGAGGAGGACGAGGAAGAGGAGGAGGAGGAUGAAGAUGAUGAGGAUGAGGACGAGGAGGAUGAAGAUGAUGAUGAAGAGGAUGACGAAGAGGAGGAGGAGGAGGAAGAAGAGCCUGUCAAAGAAGCACCUGGAAAACGAAAGAAGGAAAUGGCCAAACAGAAGGCAGCCCCUGAAGCAAAGAAACAGAAAGUAGAAGGCACAGAACCAACUACAUCUUUUAAUCUCUUCGUUGGAAACCUGAAUUCUAACAAAUCUGCCCUUGAACUAAAAAUUGGUAUCAGUGAACUUUUUGCGAAAAAUGAUCUGGCUGCUGUGGAUGUCAGAAUUGGAACAACUAGGAAGUUUGGCUAUGUGGAUUUUGAAUCUGCUGAAGAUCUGGAAAAAGCCUUGGAACUCACUGGUUUAAAACUUUUUGGCAAUGAAAUUAAACUAGAGAAACCAAAAGGAAAAGACAGUAAGAAAGACCGAGAUGCAAGAACACUUUUGGCCAAAAACCUCCCCUACAAAGUCACUCAGGAUGAAUUAAAAGAAGUGUUUGAAGAUGCCAUGGAGAUCAGAUUAGUCAGCAAGGAUGGGAAGAGUAAAGGGAUUGCUUAUAUUGAAUUUAAGACAGAAGCUGAUGCAGAGAAAACCUUUGAAGAAAAGCAGGGAACAGAAAUUGAUGGUCGAUCUGUAUCCCUCUACUACACUGGAGAGAAAGGUCAAAAUCAAGACUACAGAGGUGGAAAGAAUAACAAUUGGAGUGGUGAAUCAAAAACUCUGGUUUUAAGCAACCUUUCUUACAAUGCAACAGAAGAAACUCUUCAGGAAGUAUUUGAGAAGGCAACUUUUAUCAAAGUGCCCCAGAACCAAAAUGGCAAAUCUAAAGGGUAUGCAUUUAUAGAGUUUGCUUCGUUUGAAGAUGCAAAAGAAGCUUUAAAUUCCUGUAAUAAAAGGGAAAUCGAGGGGAGAGCAAUCAGGCUGGAGUUGCAAGGACCCAGGGGAUCGCCUAAUGCAAGAAGCCAGCCAUCAAAAACUCUGUUUGUCAAAGGCCUGUCUGAAGAUACCACCGAAGAAACCUUAAAAGAAUCAUUUGACGGUUCUGUUCGUGCAAGGAUAGUCACUGACCGGGAAACUGGAUCCUCCAAAGGGUUUGGUUUUGUAGACUUCAACAGUGAAGAAGAUGCCAAAGCUGCCAAAGAGGCCAUGGAAGAUGGUGAAAUUGAUGGAAACAAAGUUACCUUGGACUGGGCCAAGCCCAAAGGGGAAGGUGGCUUUGGGGGUCGUGGUGGAGGCAGAGGAGGCUUUGGAGGCCGAGGUGGUGGCCGAGGAGGCCGAGGUGGAUUCGGCGGCAGAGGCCGGGGAGGCUUUGGAGGGCGAGGAGGCUUCCGAGGAGGCAGAGGGGGAGGAGGAGACCACAAGCCACAAGGAAAGAAGACGAAGUUUGAAUAGUUUCUUCUGUCCCUGUCUUUCCCUCUUCCAUUUGAAAGAAAGGACUCUGGGGUUUUUAACUCUGUUACCUGUUCAAUGACAGAGCCUUCUGAGGACAUUCCAAGAUGGUAUACAGUCCCGUGGUCUACUCGGAAAUCCGUAUAGAUGACAUUUCAAAGGAGAUACCCUGUUGGUUUUGACUGGAUGUUCAUAUAAACUUUUUAAAGAGAUGAAUGAUAGAGCUAACCCUUAUCUGUAAGUUUUGAAUUUAUAUUGUUUCAUCCCAUGUACAAAACUGUUUUUUUCCUACAAAUAGUUUUUGUUUUGUUUUGUUUGCGUUGGGGGGUGUAAAGGAAAGCAGAAUGUUUUAUGAUUUUUGCUUCAGUGACUUUAGGACAAAUUAAAAGUCCUAAACUCUG